ACAUAUCGUGGCACCGUUGCACAAUAUAUAACCGUUCAAAAAAGGCAAAGAGCCAGCGAAGAGCCAGAGACUCGAGAGGAGAGAGUGUGUGUGUGUAUGAGAGAGACGCAUCAAGAAAAAAAGCCAAUACAGACAGACAGAGAGUGAGAAACAGAGAGACGCGUCGUCGUUUCGUCCUCUUGUCGUCUCUGAGAGCUUCGAUCGAGUCGCAUUUUCGGAGGAGAAAUGGCGGAUCAGUACUUGCUUGGAUGGAUCUUGGCCUCUGUGCUGGGCCUCGUGGCGCUGUACAGAACGCUGGUGAAGAGGAACGACGAUCGUCGCAGCGCUUUGGCGGAGAAGAGAAGCGAGUGCGUGAAGAGCGUCAUGGUCUCGAAUGGAGAAUGCAGAUCUAUUGACGGCGAUGUCGACGUUAUAAUCGUCGGAGCAGGCGUCGCCGGCGCCGCUCUGGCUCACACUCUCGGCAAGGAUGGACGUCGAGUUCAUGUGAUUGAACGAGACUUGCAAGAGCCAGACCGAAUUGUUGGUGAACUACUACAACCUGGAGGCUACCUCAAAUUAAUUGAGCUGGGACUAGAAGAUUGUGUGGAGGAAAUUGAUGCUCAGCAGGUGUUCGGCUAUGCCCUUUUCAAGGACGGGAAAAAUACUAAACUCUCUUACCCCUUGGAGAAAUUUCACUCAGAUGUGUCUGGAAGGAGCUUCCACAAUGGCCGUUUCAUACAGAGGAUGCGGGAGAAGGCUGCAACUCUUCCCAAUGUGCAAUUGGAGCAAGGAACAGUUACUUCUCUGCUUGAAGAAAAGGGAACAAUUAAAGGUGUGCAAUACAAGAAUAAGACUGGCCAAGAGAUGACAGCAUAUGCACCUCUUACUAUUGUUUGUGAUGGUUGUUUCUCCAACUUGCGUCGCUCUCUUUGUGAUCCUAAGGUGGAUGUGCCUUCUUGUUUUGUUGGGUUAAUCCUGGAGAAUUGCGAUCUUCCGCAUGCAAAUCACGGACAUGUUAUAUUAGCAGACCCUUCUCCUAUUUUGUUCUAUCAAAUCAGUAGUACAGAGGUUCGUUGUCUGGUUGAUGUACCUGGACAAAAAGUUCCUUCCAUUUCAAAUGGUGAAAUGGCAAAGUAUUUGAAGGCUGUGGUGGCUCCUCAGAUUCCCCCUCAACUUUAUGAUGCCUUCAUAGCUGCAGUUGAUAAGGGUACCAUAAGGACAAUGCCCAACAGAAGCAUGCCAGCCGCUCCCUAUCCUACUCCUGGAGCACUAUUGAUGGGAGAUGCAUUCAACAUGCGCCACCCUCUAACAGGGGGAGGAAUGACCGUGGCAUUGUCUGAUAUCGUUGUGCUGCAGAAUCUUCUCAGGCCUUUGACCAACCUAAAUGAUGCAUCCACACUGUCGAAAUAUCUUGAAUCGUUUUACACACUGCGCAAGCCAGUGGCAUCCACUAUAAAUACAUUGGCAGGGGCCCUUUACAAGGUCUUUUCUUCUUCACCUGAUCAAGCGAGGAAAGAAAUGCGUCAGGCUUGCUUCGAUUACCUAAGUCUCGGAGGUGUAUUCUCUAAUGGACCAGUAUCUCUACUCUCAGGACUCAACCCUCGCCCAUUGAGUUUGGUUCUCCAUUUCUUCGCUGUUGCAGUAUACGGUGUUGGUCGACUGUUGCUGCCAUUUCCAUCGCCUAAACGCGCCUGGAUUGGAGCCAGAUUAAUUUCUAGUGCCUCAGGAAUCAUAUUCCCCAUAAUUAAGGCCGAAGGAGUUAGACAAAUGUUUUUUCCUGCGACUGUUCCAGCAUAUUACAGAGCACCUGUCUCUAGUGAGAAGCAAAUGAAAAAGACUGAAGAUAGCAUAAAUUGAAGGUUUUGAGAAAACCGUGCUGCCGGCAGAGGCUCCGAUUUGGACUGCCACCCGCCAUUCCUUGUGCGAAGUUGAAGGGGGAGGAUGGUGAAUGCAAAAAACAGAGAUUUGUUGUAGUAACCGCAGAUUUUGUUUUCUAGGACUCUUUCUUUCUAUGUGUUUAUUCCUUUAUUUUUUUUUUUCAAGUACAUAAUUGAAAGAAAAAGACUUCUAAUGUCC